UUUUGCUCCGGGUCGCCGAGUCCUCCAGGACAGAGUCGCGCACAAUGCUGCGAGGGGCGGCUUCGAGAUGCACCCGCGCCGCCGCCCGGCGGCUGUCGUCGUCGGCGGCGGAGGCCGAGGCGGUGGCGGCGUCCCCAGCCGCCGUGGGAGCACGGAGAAAGCCUUCCCUCGACGAGGGAGACUGGUCGUACCACCCGGAGUGGUGGGGCGAGGAGGACGGUCCUGGCGAGGGGGCGCAGACCGUCUUCCGCCGCCACUCCGAGUGCGGCAACGGCGUCGUCUCCGUCUCCGCCUACCCCGCCUCCCGCCCGGCUACUGAGCAUUGGCCAGCAAAGGAGAGAUGGCUUCAAGAAAGAAAUGCAAGAUUAUACCCAGAAUCAGCGGGUGCUGACCAGUUUAAGAUACUAGGCUACCAGUGGCGAGUAAUGCGUUUUAACGAUCAUACACGGCAAAGCACCGCAAAAGUAAUGACAUGCUAUAGGACGUCGGGUCAGAGAUCAUUAUUCUUGAUGCAGCAACCACAUGUUUUAGCUGUUCCAUAUGUCAAGAGUAUGGUGUCAGCAGGAUUGACAACACUUCCUUGUUCUGCUUAUGAUCUCCCCGAAGCAGCAUCUGGACAAGACAAUAUGAAAAUUCUGUGCAUCGGCCAUGGUGGCGGCAGCUUACCAUUGUUUUUGGCCAGCAAAUUCAGAGGUGCUUCCGUCCACAUUGUGGAAAUUGAUCCAGUGGUUGUUUCUGCUUCUAUCGAAGCCAUGGGUUUCCCCAUGUCAUCUGUGAAAGGCUUAUCAUCUGAAUCCAUGCUGCCCGCCGAUGCUGAUGAUCUGUUAUGGGGAGGCAUCCACGACCGCAUUUCCCUCCACAUAGCAGAUGCCGAGGAUUUCAUCGUCAGCGACAGCAAUCAGUACGAUCUCGUCUUCAUCGACGCCUACGACGGGGACGACAUAUUUCCUAGGAAGCUCUGGGACGUUGACGGAACGUUCAUGAAGAACCUGGAGAAGAAAGUCCACCCCGAUCAUGGUACCGUGGUCGUGAACCUGCACUCUGACUCGGAGCUGCCCGCUUCGGACGCGGAAAGCGUGGAUCAGUUCCAGAGCAUACUUCCCAUGGGCAGGCAAGUCUCCCAGGUCUGCCAGGCGUACAAGCAGCACUUCGGGCUGGCCUUCACCGCGGCCGUCCCCUGGCUCUGCAACAUCACCCUCGUCGCCUGCCGCGACAAGGCGAUCACGAGCGGCGUGCGCCUGGGGCUUAGUCGUAGGGACUUCGUUCUCGGCAAGCUCCUGUCGAAGUCCGACAUGGUCGAGCGCGCGCUGGGCCUGCCGUUCCCUUGCUUGCCGUACAUCAAGAAUGGUUUCACGCUGGUUGAAUGAUUGAGGUGCACUCUUCUUGAGGAACUUGAACGAUAAGCUUUGAUCGGUUGGAUGUUAUUAAGUGAUUUUCUUUUGCCCUUCGGCCCGUCUCA